AGAGGAGCUCGCGCUGCCGCCCAGUCAACGGCGACUGUGAUCCCGGGAGCGCGCGCGCGGCACCGUCAGAAAAGCGGCCACAGAACCUUCUGCAGCUCGCGCGGAUUUUAUUAUUACUUUUCCGUGUGGAUGAUUUAAGGAAUUUCUUUCUUUUCUUUUCUUUUCUCCACUUUCCCGCGGAGCGCGGGUUCGGCUCUCUCUCUCUCUCUCUCUCUCUCUCUCUCUCUCCCCGCGAUGGGAUGCUCGUUAAGCGCGGAGGAGCGCGAGGCUCUGGACCGGAGCAAAGCCAUCGAGAAGAACCUGAAGGAGGACGGGAUCACCGAGGCGAAAGUAGUGAAACUGCUGCUGCUCGGUGGAGGAGAGUCUGGGAAGAGCACUAUUGUUAAACAGAUGAAGAUUAUCCAUGAAGAUGGUUUCAGUGGAGACGAUGUAAAGCAGUUUAAACCCAUCAUCUACAGCAACACCAUUCAGAGUCUGUUCUCCAUUUUAAAAGCUAUGGAGAACCUCGGAGUGGAGUAUGAAGAACAGGACAGGGCUGCCGAUGGGAAGUUGGUCUGUGACAUAAUCACCCGUAUGGAAGACACUGAGCCGUACACACCUGAGCUUCUGGCAGCUAUGAAGCAUUUGUGGAAAGAUGGAGGAGUUCAGGCCUGCUUCAGUCGAUCACGAGAAUAUCAGCUGAAUGACUCUGCUCAAUAUUACCUGGACAGUUUGGACCGAAUCGGAUCACCUGAUUAUCUGCCCAGUGAGCAGGACAUUCUGAGGUCGCGGGUUAAAACCACUGGUAUUGUGGAGACACACUUCAGCUUCAAGAACCUGACCUUCAGGCUGUUCGACGUAGGAGGUCAGAGAUCAGAGAGGAAAAAAUGGAUCCACUGCUUUGAAGGUGUGACGGCUAUAAUCUUCUGUGUAGCAAUGAGUGCCUACGACCAAAUGCUACAUGAAGAUGAGACGACGAAUCGUAUGCACGAGUCCCUCAUGCUCUUUGACUCCAUCUGUAAUAAUAAGUUCUUUGUCGACACGUCCAUCAUCCUCUUCCUCAACAAGAAGGAUCUUUUUGAGGUGAAGAUAAAGAAAUCUCCACUGACAAUGUGCUUCCCGGAGUAUACAGGUCCGAACACAUAUGAAGAUGCGUCUGCGUAUAUUCAGGUUCAAUUUGAGGGUAAAAAUCGUUCUCCUAAUAAGGAAGUUUACUGCCACCAGACGUGUGCGACUGACACAGGAAAUAUUCAGGUGGUGUUUGACGCUGUCACUGACAUCAUCAUCGCUAACAACCUGCGUGGCUGUGGCCUGUACUGAGCUGUAACGAGCUUAUUGUUGUCAGUCAUUGGUUCUCGUCAUGGUAACGAGCGGCUGAACUGAAACUCCGCCCCUUUGACCAACAUUUUCUCAUUCUGUUUUUGUAGUUUGUCUGAUUUUCUUUAUAAUCCUGAGUUAAAAUGUGUGUGUGUGUGUGUGAGAGAGAGAGAUUAGCGUGUUGCUAAGUCUUUAAAAUUUGUAGGAUGCAGAGCGCAGAAAAAAGUGAAAUGAGCCUAAAUACAACCCAGAACUCUUCUCAGGAUCGUAGAGAGAUCAGUUUCUGCUCUAAACUGUUUUCUAUUUAUUUAUUUAUUUAUUUAUUAAUAAGUAUCUAUCUGGUAAUGAAAUAUUGUUUGGAGUUUUAAUGUAAUUUUCAAAACGAAGCAGCUCUCAGGCCAAAGUUGUGAGAAAUGAACGAGCGUUCGACAGAACUCUCGCUCUCAAAGCACAAGUAGUUCAGAUGAAUUUGUUGGAUAACGCUUUACAUGAAGGUUCGCUUAACUGACAUCGUUUAAUGCAUUAAUUAACGUAAACAAACCCUGAACUUUAGCAUUAAUGCACCAUCCAAAGGAAACUAAUUAACACUUAACCCGAACAUCUGCAUUAACAAACAUUUCAUUUCAUCAGCGAAUAAAUGUCAUCCUUGAUCUAAUAUUUCCACCUGGAGAUCAGUGUUGAAGUUCUCAACAUGUAACACCAUGCUUUCAUUUAAUUUGUGUUAAUUGCAUAAAUGUUAAUCAAUGCAGGUGUAUUUCAUUAACAUUUAAACAAACGUCAAUUAAAACGUAUUAAAUUAGGAGUAAAAUCAUGUUACAUGUCAUCAUGUCAGAAAAGUUUCACCUUCACCUCUGACUGUUAAAGUGCUGAGACUGGAGACUCCUUCCAGAAACGUUACAUCAUAAAUGUCUCUAACAUAUCGUUUACACACAAUAAUGUAUUAGAACAAGCGCAUUCAUCUAAACCUGUGAUGUGCAGCUGCACUACUCUCAGAGCUGCUGUAAUGGAGAAUUAAUCAACACCUUCCCUUCUGACCAAUCAGUCCAGAACUCGACAGUGCCGUGGCAUAAUUGAUGUUUAUGCAGAACAUAAUUCUUGUUCAGGGAAGCUUCAUGUAAAAUGUUACCAUUUGUUGAAUUUUUUUGUAAAUUAUAUUUAUUGAGUUGUGUAUAAAAUAUGAAGGCUUGUGUGUACAGAUUUUGUAUCUCCUGCACAUACUUGUUAGAUCUAUAAACGGAGCAAACCAAUUCGGUGCACUGACGGUUAUAUAAUACGAUUUAAAGGGGAAAUGUAGCACAUAUAAAAGAGAAGCACAGUCAUAAAUCAUAUUUAGUGAAAUUAAUAACCAAACAAACUACUAAACUCACUUUCUUCAUCUGUGUGUGCAUGCAUGUGUGUGAACACAGGAGAUUAAUCCUUUCUUUCCUCUCACUGAACCCUCAUUUCUUUCCUGUCCUCUUUAGUUUUUUUUUUCUUUUUAAACUUUAAAAUCUCAGCCUUUCCCUGUAUCAUUGUACUGAUGGU